UUGCCACCGCGGGGCCGGGGCGGGUUGCGGGGCGGGCUGCCUGCCGGGGGAAGCCGGCGGGCGAGCCGGUGGCACAGCCCAGCCCAGGCCGGCCCGUCCCCGGCCGCUCCUCCCGUGCCCCGCAGUGAGAAGCCCGCGGUGCGCGCCCGGUGCUGCCCGGCCAGGAUGCUGCCCGCCGCCGGCCCCAGCCCCGGGCAGACCUGCGGGGCUGUGCUGGUGGCCGCCGUGCUCCUGCAGUCCGUCUGCGUGGCCGUCACCUUCCUCUACUUCACCAACGAGCUCAAACAGCUCAGGGACACGUACUCCAAGAGUGGCAUUGCCUGUCUCACCAGGGAGGAGAUGGAAAAUUUCAUCCCAAACUUGGAUCUAGUUGAGAGCGAAGACAGAGAGGCUGAUCCCUGCUGGCAAGUGAAGUGGCACCUGGGCAAGUUAAUUAAAAAGAUGAUGUCGAAAAGCUACGAGGAACACAGAUCUGCAGUCAAUGCUGAGAAAGCCCUGACGCUGCCGCACACGAACGGGCAGCAGCCGCACAGCCCCAUCACCAGGAUCGCAGCACAUCUGACGGGCAACAGCAACAGGAGGAAUUCCCCAGCCCCACGCAUAGAUUCCUUACCCAGAAGAGGGAACGGACACAAGAUAAACAACUGGGAAUCAUCCAGGAAAGGCCACUCCUUCCUGUACAACGUGGAGCUGAGAAAUGGCGAGUUGGUGAUACCCCAAACGGGCUUUUAUUACAUCUACUCCCAAACUUACUUCCGAUUCCGCGAGAACGAGGAUUCAGAUUUGUUGGAACACAUCAGGAACCCCAAGCAGCUUGUCCAAUAUGUUUACAAACUGACCAAUUACCCAGAGCCCAUUUUGCUCAUGAAAAGCGCGAGAACAAGCUGCUGGUCUAAGAAGGCAGAGUAUGGACUUUAUUCCAUCUACCAAGGUGGUGUGUUUCAGCUGAAAAGGGAGGACAGGAUUUUUGUCUCGGUCAGUAAUGGUGACAUUGUUGACAUGGACAAAGAAGCAAGUUUUUUUGGAGCCUUUAUGGUAGGUUAAACAAUGCUCCAGAGGAGAUGAUAGUUUUCCUAGUGGGUACCAGCUUAAAAUUCUGUACAAUGGGGGAUGAUGAGCAAAGGCUGUAGCAGUACUGACAAUACCAGACCCCCCUUUCUCAGCUCACUCAGUGUGAGGGCCAAUUGUGCUGAAUAACUCCCCCCAUGCUAGGAAGGAGCAGCAGCCACUAUGGAUGGCCAUGCUUUCUGCAGGCACAGGCACCACAGCUCACUGCCCAGCCAGGCUGGGCCCCUGUGAGGAUUUCACACGCCACAGAUGAUCCCUCCAGCCAGAACCCCAGGCUGGUGAGAGCUCACCGUCACCUCUGCAGACAUGCCUGACACCAGCUCAGCCCUGGCAGGUGGGAUGGAGGUUGCUCCAUGUGCUGUUACUCAAGGCUGAGCCUGGACAUCAAAUUUUACUCGUGGUCUCUAUUGGGACCUUGUCUUGAAUCAGCUCCUGUAAGGAGCCUUUACAAGUACUGCAAUCCUGGAUGCCCAUGGAAUUACUCUGGAAGUUUUUGUUUGAAUCUUGAGUUUUACAAAAGUUGAAAGGCCAUCAGAGAACUCAAACUGAACGUCUUCACCUCAAAAGCACUUAGGCACCUAACUAAUUUUAAGCAUACAAAGAGUCUGUUUAAAGCAAGGUAUUUACAUGCUUGAAAUUAAAUAUGUGCUUAAGCAUUUUUCAGGAUCGUGGCUUCAGUCAGCACGUUAGUCUGUCUUAAUCAGGAUAUUGUACAUAAACCCAGAUGUUGAAAUGGCACAGAAGAGGCUUUGAAAUCAAUCAGUAUUUUGAUCAGCACAUGAUAGUGCCUGUUUACUUAAUUGCUGUGCUGCAAAGAUUUCGCUGGGUUUCCAAUAGGUUCAGUAAGGUAGCUGCUGUUAACACUUGCUGACAAGUACUUGAUCCAGAGAAAAAGAUGUAUUUUUCUGUAAAUACUGAAUCCUAUUAGACACUUGCCACAAAUCAAGCAUGACACAGUUCUUCCACGUUUAUUUGUCCUGCCCUGUAUGUGGUAGGACGGAGGGCAGAAUAACUCCCUGAUGACUAAUGUUUUAAAGAAAAGAGGCACAACUAUCUGUACUUUACCAAGAGCUGCACAUUUAGGUAAUGCUGGUCUGAUCUUUUUAAGUUUUAUUUUGUAGGAGUGGGUGGAAAAGGUUAAUAAUUUUUUUUAAAACUGGACACUAUUUUUUAACUCAAUGAGUAGGGUUAUUGUGUAUUUUAAAAGGGUGAAGGGAAAGAUCCACAACUGUAAGCUGUGUGGGUUACACACAGCAAGUGUCAGGUAGCAUCAAUCAGCACAUUGUCAGUGGAGUGAUACUAGUUUGCACCCUUGUAUGCAUUUUGCCCAGUUUCAGGGAAAACAGCUGUGGAAAAGAGGGUGAAAGUGAAAGAAAGAAAGGAAGACAGUUCUGCAAAUGUUACUUUCCAUCAACAGACUGAUGCCAGGAGAAGGUCUGGUUGUCUAUUAUUUGAAGACACUAAGGUUGCUGUGGGAACCCUCCUGUUCACCUCCACAUUCUGGUAAUUGAAUCACUGUACAGCCCUGGUGUAUGGGCCUCACGAGUAAAUAUGCACCCUUCAUCUCCCUACUUUGUCAGCAGGAGAAAAGGAAUAGACACAAGCCCAAAACACACCGUAAUACACAGUGCUGUAAGCCUGCAAUGGUGAGGUUUAACUUUUACCUGUUGUCAUGACGUAGUGUCACGUGGACUGUUCCCAGUGGCAGUCAAAUAGGUGAUGCUUCAGCCUUUACUGGAACACUUUAAUUGGCCUCAUUCUCAGAUCGUCUGUUUCAACAGAGAACAGAAAAUGCAGUUGUCCUUCUGAUUUCAGUAUUUAAUUCUGAGAGAAAAAAGCUAUUCCCUAUGUAUCUGGUUGUCUGCUGUAUUGGAAAAAGGACUUUAGUAUGUUCUUGCAAAUGGACUGGGCUUUCCAAUCUCAGCAGAGGAUUGAUCCACAGUGUCAGGUUUGAGGGGGUUUUGAGCAGUUUAUUAUAUUUAAAAGUUCUUAUUUUUUAAAAGAAAUGUUAACUUAGGAGCUUAUUUGUAAGGAAAAUUGUUUGAACUGUGAAAAAGUAUUGUGGAUUUACUAGUGGCAGCUUGGAGACCGAAACCCUUCCUAUGGCUCGCAAGCCAUCUGUGUAGCGCAGGAGUCGUGGCUGCUGGAAAGGACUGGAAGGAAACCACAGGGACUCCACAGACUUGCUGGGACAAUCUAUUACAUGCAGAUUUUUUUUGGUCCAUAUCCUCAACUCUUGAUACAUAACACAAUACCUGCUGUUGCUUGGAGAAUGUUCUCUGGCAUUACCUUCCUUUUUUACCUAACUACUUAUUCUUGGUCUCUGCAUGCAGAGAGCAUCACAACAGGGAUCACACCAAAUAAUCACAUUAUAUUUCUGAAUAAUCUAAAGGCAUGCUUGGGGGCAGAUUAUCAAGCAGUAUCUCACAGAACACAUUUGAAGAUGAACAGAAAGCUUUAUCAACUUCUGUUUGUACAAUUGCACCCUGAAUCGUAACUUUCAUCUCACUUUGUGUGGAAUGGCAAAUGUAGCAAAUUUUUGUUUGUGGUUGUAGGUUCAUGGUAACAUGUAAAUAUUGUAAUUUUUCUACGUGCAUUUUAUAUAAAACAGUUUUAGCAAAUA